AUGACGAUUGCGCUCAGCCCAUUCUCUCAUGUGACGGUUAGCUAUGCAUAUCAGGGCAAUAUUUGAAGCCUGGAGUUAGACCAACAUAUGGUGCCACAAAGCGAGGGAUUAAAGCAAAAAUCCGUUUCUUUGUCCCUGAUUCAAUGUGUGAUUACUCAUGAUUUAUUUUUGCAAGCAGCACUCAAGCUAGCGGAUGCCCGAAUGGAUCGAGUGAGCACCUACUCAUGCUGCUAA